AUGAUCUCGUCUACACCCUCGAAAACCGCUACACAAUGCGCAAGUCAAGGCAGAAAGAGAAGACGGGCAGAGGUUCCAAACCCAGCAAAUACUUUGGAUGGAUUAGUGCAGAGACGAGUGGAAGAGGGGAAAGGACUCUCGGGGAGAUAUCUCACAGAGAAUGAAGCUAUUGAGAGUCCCGAGGAUCAUCAACAAGUACAGCCAGUUCCCACCGGAACCACUAGCGAUCCGGAUGUCUCAGCUAGAACAUGCUCGAUUUGUGGAUAUCAGGGGAAAUGGGUUUCCGAGAUGAUCCGUCAUAAAAGAGUACACACGCCAGAUCGUCCAUUCAAAUGCCGAUACUGUUCACGGACAAGUAAAUGGAAAGCUGACUUGAUUCGACACGUUGCAAAAACUCACGGCAUCCGCGUUGUCUCAAAGUACAGCCGCUCGAAAGCGUUCGAUCCGAAGAAGUCUCCGAAUCCGGCGGUUUUCACAGAAACGCGUGUCACUCUUCCACCACCACUUCCGCAAGCUGUCCCUCAACGACGAAUGCUUCAGAUCUAUGCCUGCAAUCGCUGUCCCUUCGAGACGGAGCACCUCUCCAUCUUCCACAUUCAUUCCAAUUCAGCUCAUCAUCUUUCCCAAUAUUCUUGUCUUUGUGGACACUCGUUUGAAACGAUCGAAAUAGCGCAAGAACAUUGUCAAAAGAAUGGAUUCCCAACGGAGCAUAUGAGUGCAAAUUUCACCAUCAGAUAUCAAAGAGAAGCCCCAUCAGUCUCGACUCUUUCCCCCAUCGCUCACUCGGAUUCCUCAGCUGAUUCGGGUGUUCACAGUGACACUGAUGAUUCCGAACAAGAGACUUUCCCAGCCUCAACUUUAUCUCCAGCCUUCAAUGGGAUUGAUCCACUAUUCCUCUCUUCGCUCUUCCCCUUAAUCCCUCUCCCCUCCCCAUCCCAUCCGAUCUCUCCACUCCCACUCUCCUCUCCAUCUCCGUUUCUUCUCCCACAAUUCGAUCUCUCUACAUUACUUCUGGCUCUACAGGCUCAAGCACAGGCAAAUCUUGGACAAAUUCCUCUCGUUUCCCCAUCAGAAAACUCGGCUUUUUCUCCGGCUAGAGGCAAAAAAAUGGUCGAAAAGGAGGCGGAUACAAAGGAUAUUGGUUGUUCACUGUGUGAGGCGGUGUUCUCCUCGCAUUCAUCCCUCUCUUCACAUCUCUCAUUUCACGGAUCAUCCCGCCCGCAUCAGUGUCCAAAUUGCAAUUAUGCGGCUGGGAAAAGGACGAAUCUCCACCGUCACACUUCCACUCAUCACCGGCAAUUCCCGACUCAAAUCUUGACCAGUUUACCAGAGAUUCCUGAAGAGCAAGAAGAAGAAGAAGAAGAAGAAAUGUCUGAAGAGGAUCAACAAAUUCUUGACGUUGAGCUU